CACUACGUUCGUCGAUCGUGGACUAUCCAAAAUUGUACGAACAGCCGAAGGAAAAGACGAUUUUCCAUGGCCAAACUCUCUAGUAUCGUUUGACUGAAAAGUAUGGAGGAAACGACUGAGCUUCUGAAAUGUCUUAAAGAAAAAAUUCACAAUGGCAAAGCCACGAUAGAUCGACUGAAACUCGUGGGGAAGAUCGAUGGAGUUGAAAAACUCAUACGAAAGUUUCAACAAGAGAUUAGAUUUUUAGAAAAGGUACAAACUACAGGGAAUGUAAAAAAGGAACAUCUGCAAAGCACAAAUCUAAUUCAUUUAAAUGCCAUUGCGGCACGACUGUUCUGUGCCAGCGAACCCACCAAUGUUAUGAAACCAUUUAAACAUAAAAAAUCACGGUUAGAAGUUGAUAUUGUAUGCAACGGUGGGGCAUCUUGGGUGAAAGUUAUUGCCAGAAAUGCCAAAGCGCUUACCUUAAUUUCAAUGGGAAAUGGAGAAUACGGGCAAAAAUCUGUGCUAGAUCAAGCAAUGUAUUUCUUGCAAUGUGCCAAAUAUUAUCCACAUCUUUAUAGACCACCGGAUGUAGUGUUUCAUUUUGCUUAUGGCAUAGAAGUACCAUUAGCCACACGCAUGGAACACAUGGGAGUAAUUGUUGAAGGCGACAGAAUACAGUGUGAAGAUGAAAAGGCCAUAGAUACACAUGAAGUAGAUGACAAAUUCUCUACAUGGAUGUGUACAUUAGGGUCUCUAAACGGGUCUUCGGAUGGAUGUAAUAAGGUUAACAAUUCGGAUUUGGAAACCUUAAAUACCUCCCCUUUUGCAACUGAAAUAAACAUUCUUAAUUUGGAUGUGUCCACCCUGUUGGCUUAUGUUACAAACAUGACCAAUGGGUAUGAUCAUUUUAUUUAUAGAGAACCGUUGCUUACUCAGCAAGCAGAAAUGGAGAGAAAAUGUCCAGCAAAACCAAUUCUAGAGAAACUGUUCGAGGAUAAAGAACUCAUUGUAUGCCAAACUGCUUAUGAAAAUUUUAUGAACAUCAUUGAUGUUAUCGGUGGUCCCAAAGAGACUCUUCGAGCAAAAGAAUUAAUGAAUAGGGUUCGGAUAGUCCAUGACCUACCUACAGGCAGAAUUAUGGAGAGGCUAAGCUUGGGUGGUAAAAUUAAAGACAGAUCUAGACUAGUUUUUGCAACUGGUGAAAAUAUGAAAAGUAUUACUGUGUCUGCAAAUGAAGGAUUUGUGAGGGCAGCACGCAUGCAGGGCAUUGAGUGUACAGUUUUUCUGCAUGAGCCUAGGUCUCUGUCUGAGAUAAAAGAGGGUAAUGCAACAAAAAUAAGUUCAUCUUGA